AUGUCUGUCUAUUCCGAGAGUUUUCUUUAAAAUCAAAUAGUAAAUUACAAAUUGAUACUUAUAAAAAAUCACAAGAGAAAGGUUGAAGAUACAAGCAUCACAUUAUAAAGUACAAACCCAAAAGAGCCUUUGUCCCCACAGGUCAUUCCCAUAACUGAUAAGCCUAAAACUCUAUAAAGACCUCUGCUUUAAAAGUCUAAGGGUGCUCUCACUCCCAAAUAUGUGAAACUUCAUGCUCGGAUAAAUCCCACCAGAAAAGAAAUCCAGAUUAAUCUAAUCCAUUAUUCAAUGGUAAAGAUACAACAUUUAGGCAUCUAGCAAUGGGAUAAUGAUACCCUCUAUAAAAAACAAUGUCCAAUCAAGACAAAGGGGAUAAUUAAAUAAUACAAUCUACAACAACAAUUGAUAAGGAUUCUUUUUAAAGCUUUCAUAAUCCCAAAGAGAGAGUAACUGAAACAAUCUCCUCCUAAACAGAAUUUUUAUCUAUUAAAACUAACCGAAAAAAGAGCUCAUCAAAGAGCACUUCAGACUCUUCUCCAUUUAUGCUAAAAUCUGAAGUUGAUAAAAAUCCAUUUGAGAUACAUAAAUAAGAUAAUUAGUCAGAGGAAGAACAAAUUAGUCUUUAAGAGGAAAGUGAGUUGCAGGUCAUAAAGAGGAUUAGUGAGGGAAAACUUGGAAAGAGAGCUGAUAGUUCUAAUUCUGUUUAUGGAGGUCGAUAUGGCAAUUACAUGA